AUGUCUGUUAACAUGACCAGGAGUGCUGGCCUUCUUUGUGCUGCUUGGUUCUUUGGACUCAUUCUACACUGCUCCUCCCUGAAUAGUAGUGAUCGCGGAUGGCCGGUUGCCAGAACUGUUGUUAUGGUGGGGCAUGUUGGACUGCUUUCCUGCAUCAAUGGAAGUUUGCUUCGCUUUGGUUAUUGUAUUUGUUGUUGUUUUUGCCAUACUUGGUAUUGCUUAUGGUUUCCUUGCUGCCACUAUGGCUAUUCAAAGAAUCUGGCAGAGACACUACCACAUUCUCACCAAGAGGGAACUAACGAAGACAACAGGAAGAAUGAAUUGUAG